AUGGCCUCUGUACACCGAGAACACUGGUCCCUGGCUCUUCCUCUGGUUCUCCUCAGCAUCAGGUCCUCUCUGAAGGAAGACCUCCAGCACUCGCCAGCUGAACUGGUUUAUGGCACUAGUCUUCGUCUUCCAGGUAAGAUAAUGGCACCCACUCCUGCUUCUCCUCCAAGCAGCACCCAAGACUUCGCCUCUCACCUGAAAAGUGCCAUGAGCCACCUCCAGCCAGUGCCACCUCGUUCCUUGCCGAGAAAACCUUCGUCAGCCAGGACCUUGCUGACUGCAUGUACGUGUUCAUUCAUGUGGAUGCUAUACACUCUCCUCUCAUGCAACCCUACCAAGGCCCCUACUGUGUCCUGCGACGCACACGAAAAAGUCACCAUCGACAGGAACGGUUCCUUGGACUCCGUCUCCAUCGACCGAGUGAAGCCGGCCCACCUGUUGGAACCCACCAACACAGCUGUCCUUGCUGCCACCAUGACACCCGACUCCAAAGCCACCACACAGAGAAUUUGUUUCUCACUACCUCGCCACUAG